CGUUUGUGAAAUAAAGACAAAGGGCGAGAAUGUAUCCAGCUCCCUGGAGACCACUGUGAGCGCAAGUGCUCAGAGCGCCGCUCCCUUCGUUUCCAGGGUGAUGGAACUAAAUAUUUGAUGCUGUGUCCAUUCGGUACCGUUCACCCAACCACUGUUACGCACUCGCCCUUUCAGCGGAACUCGCAGGGAAAUGUUGCACAUUCCAUGGACAACUCCCGUCUCUUUCAACCUCGUCUUUCCCACAGUAAAUCGAAGCUGUGUAUGAUACUGUACCUUUCGGAACGACCUGCAUUAUUGGAGGUUUUACUGUGAUAUCUCAUCCAAAUGAAAGUUUUCACCAGCAAAGAUGCAAAUAGGUUAUAUUCCUGAUCAUGGCUAGUGAACAGGGUUUGAGGGACAGUUCCUCAGAUCAAUCCUCAAGGAGACAAGGGAAAGAUUCUACUUCCAGUAGCGACAAUUCCGAUAACAAGACAAACAACAGCAGUAAGAGCAGCACCCCUCGAAGAAAUAGUGCGUACACAGAAUACUCUGAGGAUUUUGACAAUCACUGCAGCACUGCUGAAUCAUUAAAAAGAGAAAAUGAAAAAGAAAAAGUGCAGGAAGCAAAGAAAGUGAAAGAGAGUGUUCAGAAAAACAACAACAUAGACAAUCGAACAAAAGUACAACCCAAAGCAAGAUUGAAAAUGCUGCAAAAUUGGAACCAAAAUGCCUUAAAAAAUAAAACACAAAAAAUGACUAAAUUUACCAGUAUGGAGCAAGCUUGUGAUUCAGUGACACGGCACAUAUUGUCAGCCAGACUGAACAAAACAAAGGAAUUGAAGAAUGAGGUGUAUGACCUUCAGAGAGAGCUGGAAAACGCCCGGUUGGAAAACAGGUUGCUCAGGCAACUUCAGUUCCGACACAUGAAGGCCCUGGUGAAGUUCGAGAACGAGCAGAACAACCUGCCCCAGUUGUUAGCCAGGCACGAGGGCGAGGUACAGAUGUUGAAGGAGAUGCUGCGGAAGUCAAAGGAGCAGGACCGGUGUGUGGCAAAGCAGCUGAAGGAGGCCGAGUUGGAGCUGUGGAAAAUAAGGAGCUCUCAGCAGAAGCUGAAGACAAUCUGUGAUAAGAGGAACCUGGAAGAACGGGACGAGCUGACCUUUAAGCUGACGGACCUCACAAAGAAGCUUGAGAUCGACCAACAAAAAAUCCAGGACAUGGAGAAAAUUCUGGAGUUAAAAGGUAAAAGUUUCAAUCACCAGCUGGCUACAGAACACAGAAAGACACGGGAUGCACUUGAUCAGAUAAAGAAGCUAGAAUUGGAGCAACGGAAUCUGAACCAAAUGCUGACGGACAAGGAAAGGCUCUUGGAUGCUAGAAAUAUCUAUUUUAAUCGGUUCACAAAGAAUAACACAUCAACACCAAGACACAAAGCAAAUGUGGCCAAAGCUAUACAGACAGAAGAAUGCAUUUCUCCCAUCAAAUUUUCUCUUCCUAAUGUUCUUCCAACCCUCGAGAAGAAGGCUGGUCAUAGUGAGAAGGAAACGCUGAAAGAAGUUAACGAUGAAGAUAGCAGAGCAUCAAAAUGGCAACAAAAAAAGGAAGACAUUGAAAUAGAUUUUGAGGCGGAGAAAUUAAGAAAAGAAUACGUGCAGGCAGAAAGGAGGUGGAAGGACAUGGUCGAGAAAGAUAUCUUGGAAAACCUGGAAAAGGAUAGAAGGGAAAAGCAGGAGAAAGAAAGAGAUGCCCAAUUUUUCAAGGAAGCCCUUGAAAGUGGAGACCAAGAACAAGAGGAAAUCAAUGAGAUGAAGGAAACAGAACAGCAGAAAGUUGCAAACGAUUCACUGCUGGACGAUACCAAGGAAAUAGAUGACUCUUUUUCACUGUCAGAGUGCUCCAAUAAAACUCCUUCCAGGCUCCGGAGACGUUACAGAUUCACAGAACAAACUGAGAAUCUACACCAAGGACUUCCUGUUUGCAAACUAUCGUAUGCGGCCCAAAAUAACAUCAAAAGGCGACAAGACAAGCUGGAAAGCAAGGAGUCGCUGGACCUGGGCGCUUCCUUCAGCAGUUACGAGCCAUCCUUUGGGAAGCUCAGUAGUCGGAUGAAUGAACUGAGGCAACACACUGAGGACAGGCCAAGCGAGAAACCCGAGAACCGCCUUCCGUCGCCUUCAAAGAAUGAUAAGAAGAACACCUUCAUAGAAUCGUUAUUUCGAUCAGGCGAUACUAUAGAAAAUAAAAUCUGCAAGGACAGUGAGGCCGACGCCUCUGACAAACUAAAACAACUGCAGAAAAAUAAACAGACCAGUCGAAUUCAGGUUACCACUAAAAACAGAUUGAAUCUUCUGGAUCCUGAGUUGCUGCCUGUAAGGGUUUUGGAAUCAUCUGCAGAUGAAAAUGAAAAACUUGUUUUACAAUGAUUAAAUAAAUAAAAUUAUAAACUUUUUAUGAAAA